CCACAUCAUCACCACCACCACCAUCACCACCUCCUCGAGACGGAAGCAGGCUGGGGCAGACUUGGCAGCGUCUCAGCUUUGGCGGUGCGAAGGCAACACACCGCUAACUGCUGGUUCCUGGAGCCUUGCCUCGGCUUCUCGGGGAAACUCGAAUUACAGAAGCGCGUUGACGCGGUGCCCCGCCGCCUCUGGAGGUUGCACGCUGCCGCUGACGUCACCCGAUGCCCAACACGUCAACGCUACGUCAUCGAUGUUGUGCCGCGCGCCUCACGCGGCGUUCCCCAGGGCAAGGUCAACCGCGGAAGGGUCAACCCACGCCUGCCACACUGAUGAGUCACGCUGCUCCGUGACGGAGGGCACGCCCCUGCAGCAGCAGCAGCAGCAGCAGGCCAAGGGGUCAGUGGUGCAGCGCCUCCGCCAGGCCACAGCCCGGCACCAGCAGGUGAAGCUGGUGUCAAGCUUCCUGCUGGCCCAGUGCGAGGAGAGGGCGCGGGCAGGGCUGCAGGUGACGGGGCGGCGAGUGGCAGCCCGUGACGCCCACGCCCGUGCCGCCAAGGAGGACAGUGAAAGCCCGGCCCGCCACUACCUGGUGCGGGUGGAGCAGCUGCUGGCGGCGCGGCGGCGUGGCAGGGAAGCCCCUCGGUGUACUCAUGCCAUAACAGGCACCAGGGCCCCGGUCCCCCCUGCACGCACGCCCGUGGCCGCCCAACGUGACCGGGGCCGCGCGGACAAUGACGCUAACUCCCACAGACCGGGAAGUCACCUGCCCGCCAGGUUCCCACGUCCCCAUCCCGUCCCCGGCCGCAGGGAGCCGCGCGCCCCCGCCCUGUGUGACCUCCUGCUGGUACAGAGUUCCGUGCUGUGUGAACACGAAGCCUCCCGCACCAGCCGGCCCCGCCACCAACCCUCAGCCCCGCGGCGGGACAGACACCCGAGGCCUCCGCCCAGGUCACGCCGGUUUUCAGCGGAGGCUCCCCAGCAGCAGGUGCCCCGCGGAUCCCCGGGGCCGCCCGACCCCUGCGUGUUAUUCACGGUGACAGUGCGGCCUGCCACGGCCGCACAGCAACACCACAGACAACAACAACAGCAACACGAGGCCCCGCCACCAUUGCGUCAGAGUCUGAGUGAGCGAGGCGGAGGGGCGCUGCCCCCGCCCCCUCCUCCACCCCGCGUCCUCGCCCUCGCCCCGGCCAGUCCGCGCCUCUGUGCGCACGUGUCGACGGACGGGGGAGGUCCAGGCCGAUCCCCCGCCCCCCGCGGCGCCCAACUCCCCGCAUCGCCGCGCAGCCUUCAGUUGCUCACAGGCCACAGACUCAGCUACAGGCAACAUCCGGACAGCUGCGGCCCACAGUAUAUAGCGCCGCGCGGCCCGCACCUCAGCCAGUCAGACGCGCCGCUCGCCAGGGUACACACACUCCCGCUGCCGCCGCCCCUUCACUCGGCACUUGUAACACUCGGCACCGAGCAGCGCCCCCCCGGCUAGUGCCACUCUCCCGCACGCCGCACACCAUCGCACUCACUCACUCACUUGUACUCGCCGCCACCCUGACCCCACCCGCAGAGAUGGCCAACGAGACGGAGACACAGCAGAACCAGAUGAACGGAUCUGGCCAGGUGAACGGCCAGGUGAAGCACGUGAAGGGCUACCGGAAGAAGGGCCUGGUGAGCGAGAAGGUGCUGCUGGAGCGCCUCUCGGACAUGAGCAUCGAGGACGACCUGCUCAACCCGGGCAUCACCCUCAGCUCUGUGGAGGACGACGACGACGACGACAGCCCCAUGGAGGAGGAGCCCCCUAAGCCCGCAGCCAAGGGAACCCUCACCAAAUCCUUGUCCCUGGCCGUGCCCUCCCUCAACCUGGAGGAGGAGCCCAAGAGACCUCCCCUCUAAGCUGCCCUGCGCCUCUCCCUGAAUCUCACCCUCUCGUCCCUGUCGGGGAUUUUCGCAGCUCUUUGUUGUUCGCUCCGCGGAGACCGUCGCACCACCGCCGCCCAGCACCCUUCCAUGUUCCCGGCGCCUUGGAGGCCGUGUUCACUCCUGCUGUAGCUGCGUCAGUAGAGGAGGUGCGUCGCUUCGUCCCGCCGCUAGAGCACCGUAGCUCGUCGACUCUGAGGGCUUCAUAUCGCUAGAGGACACCGGCCAGUCAGGUGCUGGCCCGGGAGCGACAGACUGUGACCAACCCAACACAUUGGCAUCACCACCACCACCACCACCACCCUCCACCGCUACCACCAUCGCCACCCAAACCUCCCCGCGAGAGGCGUGACCCGCUGUGACUGUUGACGAGGCAACAGACACUGUGCAUUGUGAUAAACUGAUACCUGAGUGUUUGUGUGAGUGCCGCGUGAAGCACACCGCCGGGAGGGGAGGAGGACAGGAACAGUUUGGAUGACCGUCCGAGAGAGACAGAGGCGGAAAGGAGAGAGAGAGAGAGAGAGGGGAGUGGGGGAGGGAGUGGCGAGGCAGCUUCCAGUCGUGCAGUAAGCGAUACAGUGUUAUAGUUAGUGGUAGUGUUUUGUCAAUCACUCCGGCCUCCUCCAUCCACUCCCCCUCCUCCUCCUCCUCCUCCAAAGGCUUCGUUAGUGAGUCAAGAGUAACAGAAGCCAACAAAACAAACUUUUUUUCAGUAAAGACAAAAGAAAAUGCCAAAAAACCAACCAACCCCCACACACACACACACACAAAAAGGAGAACCAGACUCUAUUUUAGGAGUCUGGGAGGGACAAACAAUUUGGUAGACGCUCCUGAACAACACCAAGAUGUAUUUGUAUCAUUUUUACAGUGUACGACUACCAUGUACUACUACUAGACAUUACACCACCGUCGCCGAGUAUCAUGUUACCUGCGCUUCUAAUCUAUAAUGUCACUGUAAUGUGCAGUGUUGUAUGUGGAGAGGGGGGACGGACCGCGCAUGGGGUGGAGGAGCAGGAGCAGGAGGAGGAGAAAUAGUCUGCGGGGAAUGGGAGACUUCCACAUUCCUAUUCCCCUUCUCAUCCACUUAUCUCCCCUCCACCCCCUCGCCUCCCCCCUCUCCUUUCUCCCUCAUUGUACCGAGGGAAGUUGUGAGGUGUGGGCGUGGGCGGGGCUGUACUCGCCUCGCCCACCCACCAAACCAUUUAAUUUAUAAUUUUUCGUAAAAACUUAUGGUAUAUAAAGAUAUGGAAAUAUAUGAAUAUAUAAACAUAUAUAUAUACCUAAA